UACUAUAAAAAUACAGUCUUUUCAUUAGUUUCUUUUCAAGAAUAGUUUUCCCUUUAAACCCUUUUCAUCUCUCACAAGAACACUGAGAAGUGCACUAUCAGAGUCACAAAAUUCAUUUUAGUGCAUCAAACAUCAAUUUUCUAAUUUAUUCUUGAUAAACAGAUUGAUCUUUGAAGAUGGUUGUGUUGGGUGAGGAGAUCUGCCUAGGGUAUGAAAUUCUUUGCUAUCCCUAACAGGAGCUCGUAUUGGAUUGAUUGAAUAUGAAUAUGGCUAGAGUAGAUUUAAGUGCCCGGAAUUCCGGUUCCUCCCAUUCCGAUGAUUCAGCGCUCGAUGUCGAACGAAACUCCAUCAACUAUCUCAAUCUGCCGGAACUAAAUCCACCGGCAUUGCAACAACAGCCAUUCUCAUCCAACGGUCAGCUUUCCGAGAGCAACGCAGCUUACUUUUCAUGGCCUUGUUAUCCAAUAGCACCUUGUGCAGAAGAUAGAGCACACUACUUUGGCAAUCUCCAGAAAGGGGUCUUGCCAGAAACUUUCGGCAGCCGUCCGACAGGUUUGCAGGCAACUAUGUUGCUCGAACUAAUGACUAUCCGAGCAUUUCACAGCAAGCUUCUACGCCGUUUUAGCCUCGGCACUGCCAUUGGCUAUCGAAUCAGAGAGGGCUUGUUGACUGAUAUACCGGCUAUACUCGUAUUUGUUGCUAGAAAACUGCAUAGGCAGUGGCUCAACCCUGCCGAGUGUCUGCCGACUGCUCUCGAGGGACCUGGUGGUGUUUGGUGUGAUGUUGAUGUAGUUGAGUUCUCUUACUAUGGUGCACCCGCACCUACACCAAAAGAACAACUAUAUACGGAGCUCGUAGAUGGUUUUGGAGGAAGUGAUCCUUGCAUCGGAUCAGGUUCGCAGGUUGCAAGCCAAGAAACUUACGGAACAUUGGGUGCCAUUGUCAAAAGCAGGACAGGUAACAGGCAGGUCGGUUUCCUCACAAACCGACACGUGGCGGUUGACCUUGACUACCCGAGUCAAAAGAUGUUCCACCCGUUGCCUCCAAGUCUUGGACCAGGGGUUUAUUUAGGUGCUGUUGAAAGGGCUACUUCAUUUGUAUCCGAUGAUCUUUGGUAUGGUAUUUUUGCUGGAACUAAUCCAGAAACAUUUGUUCGUGCUGAUGGGGCAUUCAUUCCAUUUUCGGAAGAUUUCAACAUGGCAAACGUGACGACAUUUGUGAAAGGUGUUGGUGAAAUUGGCAGUGUGCAUACAAUAGAUUUGCAGUCUCCGAUUGGUAAUCUCAUCGGAAGGCAGGUUGUGAAAGUUGGGAGGAGUUCUGGUUUGACAACAGGGACAAUAAUGGCAUAUUCCCUCGAGUACAACGACGAAAAGGGAAUAUGCUUUUUGACGGAUUUUCUAGUUGUGGGAGAGAAUCAACGGACUUUUGACCUUGAGGGUGACAGUGGAAGUCUUAUCCUGUUAACAAGUCCGAACGGUGAGAAGCCCCGCCCUGUUGGCAUUAUUUGGGGUGGGACCGCUAAUCGAGGUCGGUUGAAAUUGAGAGUUGGUCAACCGCCGGAGAAUUGGACUAGUGGGGUUGACUUGGGGCGUCUUCUUGAUCUUCUAGAACUCGAUAUUGUCACAUCCGCCGAAGAGCUCUAUGCUGCACUGCAAGAGCGACGAAAUGCAUCAAUGGUGGGAGUUGAUUCUAUUGUAGGAGAAUGCUCACCGUUGGAUCGUGUCAAUAGAUGUGAAGAGAAUAUUGAACCGCUUGAUUUGAAUGUUGAACAAGUUUCCACAUAUGAUGAUGACGAUGGUAAUGAGGUGUUUCCAUGCGUAGAACACCAGUUCAUACCAAGCUUUGCGUGCAAAUCUCCUCUAAAUCACGGCGAACAAGAACAAACGACAGGUGUGGAUAGCUUAUUGGUGUUGAAAGAUGUGUCGGAAGAAGAGAUUUCUGUUUCCUUGCAGUUAGGCGAGCCCGAGCCUAAGAGGCCAAAGAUAUCCGAUUCUCAAUCUUCGUGAGUUUCCAUGCUUGUGUAUUAUUAUUAUUAUUAUUAUUAUUAUUAUUAUUAUUAUUAUUAUUAUUAUUAUUAUUAUUUGGUGAAGGUUACGUCUAUAAGGUAUUUAAGUGAAUUAUUACACAAUAUGAGAGGCAAAUGUGUAGACAAAAAUUGUAAUAGUUUUGCUGGUUGUAUCAUUACAUGUCUGAAAAAGGGACAUAAUUGUGUAUAUGAUAAAGCAAUAAUUGAAUAAAUUCGCAUU